AAUUUAUAGUACUUUUUUAUAGCAAAAAAUAUAUAUCUCCAAAUUAGAGUUUGUUGUAAUAUAGAACUCAACAAUAUACCAAUCUCUUCAGUAUUUCACAACGACUCAACAACAUAAAAAUCUCUAAGUAGUUAAGAACGACUCCUUUUUAUACCUUUUGAGAAAAUUCAGAACGAACUUUUUUUUUUUUUUUGAGAACGCCUCUUUUUUUUUUCUUCUGAGAAAAUUCAGAACGAUUUUUUUUUCCGGCGACCACCACUACACCGCCGGAAACAAUUACGUGGAGGAGUGAUGAAUGCCGCCGCCGAUGGUUCUUCCUAUGGUUACGAUGCUCUCUAUUCGCACUUGGCCGCGCUCAACCUCUCCGGCCAACCCUCGCAUCCGCCGCACCCUGCUUACGACGAAGGCGCUUCUUCCAGUCACGGAGCCGCCGGCGGAGUUGGUUCCAAUAUUUGGAGAUGUGAGCCAUUGCUAAACGGAUUCGUAGAUUUCAAUUCUAACGGGGACGAUACCAUCAACAGAAUGAGGGCUAACUCCGCAGCGAGAGUUUACAUGCAACCGAAUCCGAACGAAAAUCAUCUUUAUAAUAAUGUGACCGGUGCAAAUUAUAAUUACAAUAUUAAUUAUAAUAAUUAUGGGAGGAGCACUCUGAAUGGUUUCGCAGCUGGUUAUCAACCAACUCGUACGAAUUACAGUCUAAACGAGUUUCACAAUUCCAAUGCCAAUUUCGAUUUGGGACAUGGAAAUCGUCAACUCAGAUACUCGACCAGGAAUAACAACAACAACUCCUCGGGUUUCGAGUACAUGAAAAACAGGACCGAAUCGAAUAGUGCUCCAACUUGGAUUUCGAACUUUCGAUGUGGCUAUAGCGGUUCGCUUAAUCGGUUGGGGAUGCGCCUCGAUUCUUUGUCUUUGGAAGAAUUGAGGGGCAAGUUAGUCUCGGUGGUUAUGGAUCAGUAUGGAAGCCAAUACUUGCAGAACAAGCUUGAGGGGAUCGAUCCAAAUACUGUCGAGUUCAUCUUUUCGGAGUUGAAGGGUCACAUUUGUUAUUUGAUGGUUGAUCAAGUUGCUAAUCAAUUUAUCCAAAAGUUUUUCAAGGUGUGCAACGAAAACCAAAUCACCGAGUUUCUCUAUUUGUUGGUCACUGAUCAUGUGAAAUUCAAGGACAUUUGUUGUGAUAUGCAUGGAACUAGGGUUGUGCAGAAACUGCUAGAUAAGCUGACAACACCAAACCAAGUAGCGAUUGCUUUAUCGGUAUUGAGGCGAAUCACUAUCGAGCUUACGAGAAGCAUGAAUGGUCAGCAUGUGAUCCAACAUUGCUUGAAAAGCUUUCCUCCCCAAGAUAAUGAGAUAAUCUUGCAAGUGAUAGCCGACAACUGCUUGGCUAUUGCCUCCGACAGAAGUGGAUGUUGUGUCCUUCAACCAUGUGUAAGCUCUGCUCAAGGUGAAACACGCAAUCGCAUGAUUGCGAAUCUAACAGCCUAUGCACUUUUAUUGUCUACAGAUCCUUAUGGGAAUUACGUCGUGCAAUAUAUGGUAGACAUGCCCAAAGUGAAAGUACAAAUACUGACACAACUAUCCGGAAACUUCGUUCCACUCUCGAUGGACAAGUAUGGAAGCAAUGUGGUGGAGAAAUGCCUGAAAGGGUAUAAUGGGAAUCAGCUACUUUCUAUACUUAAUGAAAUUAUGAACAGUCCCAAUUUUGUCCAACUUCUUCAGGACCCUUAUGGUAACUAUGUCGCACAAUCCGCACUGAUUUGCUCGAAGGGUGCUGCUCGAGAUGCUCUUACAGAACGUAUUCAUAGCAACUAUGCGUUCUUGCACAGCCAUCCACAUGGAAAACGAGUUCUUGAACGUGCAAGAUGUUGCAAGAUUUAUCGUGCAUGAUUGUUUGUUUAGUAUUAUAGACUUUUAUUGUUGUUUGUCCUUUGGUUUUAUAGACUUUUAUUGUUGUUUGUCCUUUGGUUUUCUACUUAGUAGAGAAGGUCUUUGCGUUGCUCCUUAUUUAUUUUGGACUUUUGUUGUCUGUUGAAAACUCUCAUGUCUGUGUUGGAGACUUUGUUAUUUGUUUGAUUUUGGUUUGCUAAAUAAGUGUUUCUUACACUGAA